AUGAUUUGGAUACGUGAUAGAGCAGAUCAAAUUCAUCCAACAUUGGAUUCUCUUCGAUAUACUUAUUCACAACAUCAACAACGUGUCGCAAUACAACAAGAUCUCUAUCAACAUAGAACAAAUUGGAAAGUCAUCGGUAGUUUCAUAUCGUUCACUAUUUUUGUCAUGUUACUUUUUACAACAGUUGUUGGAAUACCGAUUAUUUUAACUGAAGUAAGAAAUUCUAUACAUUUAUGUACAGCAACUGCAAUGUGGAAUCCUAGAGGUGUUACUGUCGCUGGUUUAGCCAGUGGACUGCCAUCCACAUCGCUUGCCGGCUUACAAUUUCCUCAUGACAUCUAUGUAUAUGGCAAUGGAACUAUAUUAGUAGCCGAUUACAAUAACAAUCGUAUUACUAAAUGGGAUCCAAAUGCUACAGCAGGAAUACUUAUAGCAGGUACAGGUUCAUAUGGCUCUUCAAAUACCUUACUUGCUAAACCGGCAGCUCUUGCUAUUCGAGAUAAACAAUUGUAUGUUUCGGAUCUUGAGAAUUAUCGCAUACAGAUAUUUCCUCUUCAUAGCAACGUAAGUUCUCCAGAAGCUGUAACAGUAAUCGGACGUUAUGGUCAAGGUUCUGAUAUAAAUCAAAUCGAUCAGGUAACCAAUUUAAUAGUUCCGACCUUAUAUCCAUCAUUAUUAUAUAUGGCUGAUUCGAAAAAUCAUCGAAUUCUUGUUUGGGAUGCAGAAACAGAUACUACAAAAUUAGUUGCUGGUGAAUCGGGUACAUUUGGAUUUAAUCCAAUGCAACUAUACAAUCCAAUUGGUAUUGCAUUAGAUGAAAAAACAAACUCACUUUAUAUUGCUGAUACAUUUAACAAUCGUGUACAAAAGUACGAUAUAAAUGAACGAAAUUCAAGUAUGACUGUAGCUGGUUGGGGUCAUCUUAAUCAUCCAUAUGCUGUACAACUUGAUCCAUCUGGUACUAAUAUGUUCAUUGCAGAUACUUUCAAUCAUCGUAUUUUAGUAUGGACAAAUGGUACUCGACAAGGUCGAGUUAUUGCUGGUGAUAACACACCAGGUAAUAAUGCUUUUCAACUUAAUAAUCCAACUCAAAUUCGAUUUGAUUCAAAUUAUAAUUUAUAUGUUGUUGAUACUAAUAAUUCUCGUAUUCAACGUUUUGAUCUUAUUUCGAAUGGGUGUUAA